ACAUUGUUCCAUCAAACUUGACAAACUGCUGCUUUUUGGAGUAGUGUGUUCCUGGAAAGUGAGUAUUUAAUUGAGGGCUUUCUGUAUUUUUACUUUUUUAGUAGAAUCCCUGAGAAAAGAUGUGUUGUUAAAGGAGAUGCGGGGUGUGAUGGACUCUUAGCUGGACAUUUAAAAGAAGAAAAACAGCUACGAUUUCUUCUCCUGUCCGGCUGUUAUGGAGCAGCCACCUGGGAGCUUAGACGAUCUACGGCCUCAGGACGUCUCCACCUCCAGCACACCCACCGUGAUCGACUUGUCCAGGAAAGAGGAGGAGCAUGUCCUCGUCUCCACGCCUCACGACAUCCUGCGAGUGGUCAAGAGCCCUGGCUGGUACCCAGACUCCAGGACCACCGUCGAGACUGGCUCCUCUGAUGUCCCACCCGGGGGACAGCUUCAACCAGACAAUGCCUUAUCCCACACUACAGUCACCGUGUCUUACGUGAGCAGGUCUCACGUCUUCGCCGCUCACAACUCCUUAUCUCAGCAUUUGCCUCGUUACAGCGUGUCGCCUAUCAGCACGUUUUCUUUUCACCCUCAUGGUGACACAGAUAACCGGCUCGGGGAGACCAGCUACGCACCGAACCAGCAUCACUCGGAGCAGACGGAGGAGCCUGUCGACCUUGCCUUGCAGAGUGAACCGUUUCACCCAUUUUUGCAGGCUCCUUCAGGACCAGACAGUGGUGUGAGGGGAGGCUUUGCACAAGAGCCUGUUGGGUUGAAUGGUGAAGACAUUUCUGUUAAAGGAUUCGCAGAUGAGCCCUUAGGAGAUGAUGAGGAGCGUAGGAUUCAAGAAAACGCCAGGAAUGGUUUGGAGAACGGUCAGCGUGACGGCUGGUCAAGUUCCGGAGCACUUAGUGAAUCUUCACCAGAGACUCUAACUCCUGCCAGAGAGGAGGACGAGAAGAGGGGGAGCUCCGAUGUGCUCUUCGUUAUGUCUGAGAAGCAGGACUCAGAAGUGGUUUCGCACGGCGUAGGUCCUAGAAAUCUGUGUUCACCAAGCAGGGAGUAUAGGAGUCCUUUGGAGGACCCCAUCUCCCCAUCUGCUACCUCACUGGAUGGUGUGGAGGAUGUGAUCCUGCUCCCUCAGGCCUCCAGCUCACCCAGCGCUGAGAUCGCUUAUCCAGAGAGAGAUGAGGGGGGCUUGGAAAAGCCCACCCACCUGAGCUCUUGUGUCAUCCCUGACUCCAUGAGUUUAGAUUCAAGUAAUGUGACUGGAGAACCAACCCAUGGAUGGAAAGCCCUGUCUGAACCUUUGACAGAUGAUUUGGAAAACAGUAAGGUUGUUUUUCGUGUUAACGGGAAUGCACAGACACUAGAGACGACUUUAAAGGAAAGAAAACUCCCAUUCCGUUCUAGUAGAGGGACUCGCCUGGAGGCAAUAGUCAUGAAUAUAAAUUCAAGCCGGUAUAAAGUAUCCGGACGCAUACACGCCAAUAAAAAAAACGUUGCCUCCAAGCCUACAACUCCAGAUUUAACUUUAAGCCCUUCAAAGAGGAGUGCCAGUUUGUCUAAAAGAAGAGGCAAAGUGAAAACUCCUUUGUCUGUGAAACAAAAAGUGACAGUGAAAAAAAGUAAAUGUAGUAACAUUAAGCCUGUCUCUUGCAAAGACUCCACUUCUGUUUCUGAACCAAACAAGUUAAAGAAGUCUCGUAAUGUUGCACUUACAAAAGCUCCUCAGUUGGGGAGGUCAAAACAAGAACCGGUACAAGCACCUCAGAUUAACACCAUAAAGUGUAAAAGGAAAGCCUCUGCUGUCCAGAGGAGAUCGAAGAAGGAGCCAGAGCCGCGCCCUCAGCCUCAGCCACCAGCGGAAAUAAAAGUGCCAAGGUUUUCAUCCCCUGCGCCACAAUCCAAAUCUCCAAAGAACGACCAAGGCAAAACCAAAAGUGAAUCUCCGCGUAGCAAAGUGUCUCCCACUGUCAAGACGAAGCCAGCUCGUACUCCUAAACGGAGGCGGAAGAAACCCAGGCGGAGCCUGACGUCUUCUAUCUUCUCUCCAAAGGAGCCUGAGAUAAAGCUCAGAUACGUCAACUACAAAGAGGAGAGGAGGGACCCGAGGUUAGACGCUUUCUCUCCUUUCGUUCACGUUGAGCGUCGGGAGUCGUCGCCUUCACUGUGCACUCUGAUCAACUACCCCGAGGAAGUGAAGGCGCAAGCGAAGAAGGGCCAGCUGCAGCAGGCUUUUGUUUCUCCAGCUGUUCCCAGCACUUCCUGCCUGCGGCUGGGACGGCUGUCCAAGCACAGCCAGCACCAACGCGCCUUCAUCUGCUGCCUGUGUGGCCGCUCGGCCAACGCCAUGGACUUGGGGGACCUGCAUGGACCGUAUUACCCUGAAGGGUACAUGCCGAGCACCAAAGCACCAGCCAGUGGCUCGGGCCUCAAGGAGGACGAGGACGAUUACAGCGAUUCAGACUCUUCGUCCUGCAGUGUGAGGGCCAGGUCGUGGGGCCUCAUGCGGGCAGCUCGGCUGAAGCAGGAGGGCCUCCUGGGGAGCCGCAGGUGGGCUGGGGAUGGCAGGAGCAGCCCAGCAGUUAAGCGGCCACGCUCUGACAUGGGCCCAGCAGAUGUGCAGGACUGGUACAGCCCACCUGYGCUGCCUCAGGAGCCCUGUGAGUACUGGCUCCACGAGGACUGCGGCAUCUGGUCUGCAGGUGUGUUCCUUGUGAAGGGCAAAGUCUACGGGCUGGAGGAGGCUGUCAAGGUGGCCCAGGAGACGGUGUGUUCGGCGUGUCAUACAGCAGGGGCGACACUUGGCUGCUUCUUCAAAGGCUGUGCUAACAAAUACCACUACAGGUGUGCUCUGGAGUCAGCAGACUGUGUCCUCGUCGAAGAGAAUUUCUCCAUGAAAUGUAAGAAGCACAAGAAUAAGACAUUCAAAGCACCACCAGGGAGCCGGCGGGGCGUCAGCUGAUGUUCUACAGCAGCCUUCUGAGGUCCGUAUGUUCCAUAAACCUGUCUGAUACACCACCACUUCAGAUUCUGACUGAAGCAAAUUAAUUUGCUUUACAACUUUAUUAGUAAAGCACAUUUUGCACCACAGCAGACCAAAGAGCUGUACAGAAUCAGUGUUCCAACACAGCUCAAAAGACCACAGAAAACAAUAAAAACAAGGACAAAAAACGAAGUAAAAACAGGAAAUUAACAAUGAGAUGCCUAAAACACAAGUUAAAUUCUACAAUGAUCUACGCCAACAUGAGGAAGUUUCCUUGUAGUUUAUUUUCUGUUGCUGCUGCCCAGAAUCAACUGCAGGAAACCACAAUAACUGAAGUUACUGCUGUGGAAAAAUCAGGAAACGUGUGUUUUAUAAAAAAUACAAAUAAAGUAGGAAAAAAUGACAAGUAUUACCUUUUUUUAGUCAUUAUUUUGAUGUUUUGCUUCUUUCUGUUUUUUUUUUUUCAAAUAAAAACAGAAAAGUACUAAAUACCAAAUACUCCAGAUAAAAUGAGUAAAAAAUGAAAAAGGUCCUCUGUAAAAAUCCACUUCUUUGCAGAGCGAUGAUGAACAGAAUGCCAGUCGUUGAUCACCAGAUGUUACCGCAGCCGAGAUCCUAAAGCAGAAAAUUCUCUGUUUCCAGGAAUAUUGUAUUUUAUUAUGACUGUUCUGUAUUCUACAUUUCUGUUUCUCCGACACUACCCUUAUCA